AUAUUAUUAGUAAUCUUUUAUUUUAGAAAUGGAUCAUCAACGGUUUUCCAAUGGAACAUUUGAUAUCGAGCCUUACACCACAGAUACAGCAGAUUGCUCAUUCUAUAAUGAAAGAGAGACUUAUCGUGACAACAAUAAAUAUCUGGGGAAGAUGUAUAAUAAUACUUUCAGUGAUGAACCAAAUCUCAUGCCCAAUCAUAUGUACAAAUAUAAGCAAGGAUCUGAUAAUGGGCACAAUCCAACUUUGAAUCAAAGAUUUAAAAAGAGAAUGAUUAAUCAACCUCUAAAAUUAGACAAAAGAAGGAUCUCAAGGUUCCAAAAACAACUGGCUGCUCAGAAGAGACAAGGGAGUGACCAGGAGUCUAGUACUAUACCUAGCAUUCACCCAAAUUUGGCAAAUAAUUUCAACAAAUAGAUCGAAAGGACUCUCAACAAGUCGUAACAAGAACAUUAAGCUUAACAGAUCCUUAAAUGGGAUGCCAAGACUUAAUGAUAGCUUACAGGCGAGGAACUUCAAACUGAAUCUGGAUUCAAUGAACCAUUCAAAUGAAAAUUUGGAGCUCUCCAGCGCCCGGGAAAGCUUCAAUAGCAAGCCUGGAAGUAUGACAGGUCGUAAACUUUUUAACUUCAAGCGUGAUGGUAGUGACAAUCCCAUCAAGCUACUCCGUCAGAUCCGGGAGCUAAAUAAGGUGAUUGAGGAUAAGGAUACCCAGAUCAACUUCUUGAAGAAAACAGUCAAAUUUACAGAAGUAAACGAGCUCAAGCAAGAAAACCAAAUCUUAUACCAAGAGUGCAGGCGUCUAAGGUCUCUCUGCAGUCAGUUUUUGAAAUAAAGAGCUUGAUGACUUUGAACUAGAGGAGGAAGUCAAGAAGUCUAUCUCCCAAACAGUUGGAGACUCUACUCUUAAACAUAAAUUCCAAUCGAAAAAGUCAGCAAUUGACGAACUACUGGAAGAAAAUGAUGGAACUCCUAAGACUAUUCUUAAGAAGCCUACUGUAAAAUUUGCUGAUGAUCUCUCAGGCAAGGCGAGAGGGAAAACUAUCCUUAAGAAAGGCGACUCUAAGAUUAUAAGGAAGCAGACAGGAUAUAACCGAGUUGAGAAGAAAGUCUUUAAGAACGGAAGGAGUCCUAACUCUGAGCUAGAGAAGAUUAAGGAAGACUCAGAGUCUAUCUCUGAGAAAAGCCUCAAUCACACAGAAUCUUAUAGAAGUUCAAAUGGAGAUAAGAAACCAAACACAGAUUUGUCAAAUAAAAUGGAACAACCAAGAGUUUCAGAGGAUGAAAUCUCAGAAUUACUAGCAGACCUCAGAUUCUUGCUCCAAGUGUUUAAAAAUGCAUCCAAGUUCCUUUUUGAAGAGAAGUUCAUCAUCUCAUAUGAGGAUGCGAUACAGGCAUUUCAUGAGAAGCUCAGGAUUUCUCCUGAAGAAUCCAAGAAAUUAGCAUUGUAUCUAAUUGACUAUAAAAGUCAGGGGAAAAAGUCAGCAAAGAGUGCUAACAGCAUCACUGCUAAUGACAUUCAAGAGAAGAUUGAGGAGAUGGUAGGGAGCUUUCGAAAAUAUGAAAAAGAAGAAGAACAGAGCUUAAUAGAUGCCUUCUUCUCAGAUGACAACAGAACUUAUAAGCCCAGAUUCCUAAGUGAAAUGAAUGAUCUUUCCUUCGUAAAAUGGGUUUCCAAAAAUGAGUUUGAGAAAACCUUGUCAAAUAUCCCAAUGGAUGUUAACAUGAAGUGUCUCUUAAUUAAGUUACUUCGGGAAAGCAAUUCAUUGCACAUGAUAUCUGGAGAAUGUAUUAAGAAAUUUGUCAAUUUAAUAAACUCGAAAUCUAAGCACCAUCACAGGCCAGACAAGAGUUACGAAGAAUUUGAAGAGGAUAGUGCUUCUAUCUCGACUGACUCAGCAAAGGCAGCUCCAAAUGUGCUGAACCUAAACAAGAACUUUUUUGUGAGACUUGCUGAUUUCAUGUUUAACAACGAUCUUACACUUUAUCAGAUAAUUCAUAAGAAGAUAUAUGAUAAAAUGUUCAAUGGCAGAGAACAUGAACUGAUCAGUGCCAAGACCUUCUUCAGUAUUCUUGAGGAGAGGGGCUUCCCCACUUCUGAAGGUGAGAAAGGAGCCAUUGGAAACCUUCUCAAAAACUCCAAUCUCAUUGAUGUAAUAGAGGUUGAAAAGGUUGUAAAAAUUUUAGAGGAGCUUGACAUCAAGGAGGACAAGCCUAUUGCUAGCAAAAAUUUUGACUACAGACAUCUAGCAGCUCCUGACAUCAGACAAGUCAACAGGAUCAUUGAGUAUAUGGAAGAGAACAAUAUUUCGGAGAUAGAAGACUUCCUUGGAAGGGAAAGAAUCUCUAAGAUCGAGGUCAUAGGCAAAAAUAAGAGAGAAGAUAUUGAAAUUAUUGACAUCGAACAAUUUACAGAUUGUCUCGAAGAGAAGAACUUGAUUGAAAAUGAUGAUCUUAGUGAUGGUAUCCAAAUGUUCUUCGCUAUCUCGCUGGAUAACAUUGACAAACUGAUGAUCAGGAAGAUCAAAAUAUGAAUAAAGGAUUUCAAAACGGUCAAAUUUUUCAAGUAUUACGGUACCAGGUUUAGAGAGGAAGAAGAAGUCAUCUCUGAUGACGAAGAUAAAGAUGUCGAAGUCAUCAGCCAGAGGAACAAAAUUUCUGAGAAGGAUAUUCUCAGGAAAAACACCAUGCUUAAUGCAAAGAGAAUGAAAACAGGAAGAUUCUAG